GUGGGACCGGUAUAACACAAACGAGGCACUGGAAAGCACAAAGCGCACCCCUUGGCCCUUGACGUUCGAGUCAAGUUGUAAAAAAUUUUGGCAGCGGUCUGACGCUUCUAACCUAAAUUAAACGCCGAAGUCUCUUCCUCAAAGCUGUUAUUUUGAAAAUUACAAUUAUUACGAAAAAAUGGGAGAGAUUCUGAAAAGAGGUGCUUUAAUUGUGAUCGAAGGUGUAGAUAGAUCAGGUAAAUCGACCCAAUGUAAGAAGUUGGUGGAGUCUUUGAAACACAGGAACAUUUCUGCAACCCUCAUCAACUUUCCAGAUAGGACUACUUUAACAGGACAUUUGAUAAACGAUUAUUUAAAAAAUAAAAACUGUAAGCUGAACGAUGAAACUAUACAUCUUUUAUUUUCUGCAAAUCGUUGGGAGAAUGCAGAAAAGAUUAAGAAUAUGCUUUACGAUGGUGUAACACUUGUUGUUGAUAGGUACUCAUAUUCAGGAAUAGCCUUUUCUUCGGCGAAAAAAAAUAUGGACUAUGCAUGGUGCAAACAACCCGAGAACGGUCUUCCAAAACCAGAUAUAGUGUUCCUUUUAACAUUAAGUGAAGAAGAAAUGUUGAUCAGACCAGGCUUCGGAAACGAGAGAUACGAAAACGUAGAGACACAAAGGAAGGUAGCAAAAGUAUUUGAAAGACUAUAUAGUGAAAGUGACAAUUGGGUAAAAAUAAAUGCAGCUGAGAGCAUGGAACAGGUGCAAGAAUCAUUGUUAACUCAAUGCCUUAAGAAAAUUGAGGCUGUUAAAACCAAACCUUUAGAAACAUUGAAUUUCAGUCAUAGUCCAUAAUUAACUACAUAUGGGCAAAUUAAUACAACAGGGCCUAAUUAGCACCAUUAUGUAUUAUAGACUGGGUGUAACUAUUAAUUUAAGUUGUAUUCCAUAGAUAUAUUAUUGCAGUUAUAGUGGAGAGAAUAACUACAGCGCCACCAACAACUUGCAGCUUUAUUUUGCUCAGUCCAUUGUAACUUAAUACAACUUAUAGAUAUGAUAAAGGAAACAGAAAUAAUAAAUGGAGCUGAUUCUAAUUGAUUUAACAACAAAUUGAUCCUGUUUAAGCCCAAUUGCAGGUCAACUUUCAGGUUAGGUAAUAAGAACUUGGAAGUUAAUAAUCGGUUAUCUGUGAAUUUCAUAAUUCAAGUUAUAGUUAACUGACUCAUAAUUGUUCAUGUGGAAAUCUUGCUUAUACAUCUGAUUUAUUGACUUCUUUGGAUUUUGUGAUGUGCAGAGUUUGUCUCACCCAUGACAUUUCAUGUCAUUGUCAAGCAAACUAAGUUAGGCAUUGCAGUUUAACUACAAUUUUAUAGUUAAUCGAUAGACCUCUGAUCAAAGAUAUCAACCACUACAGGGCAAACUUAUUGGAAAACACUUUUAGGGAGUUAGUAAAUUUACAUUUAACCUUCAAUUGAAAAACUGGGAUGAAGUUCUAUACAUUUAUAUUUUAAACAACUAAAUAAACAACAAAAAUUGUUGGUGGGGCUACAGCUAUGCUCUGUAUUGUUACAAUAUUUUGCACCUUGCAUAAGUUAAACAAUUAUGUCAAACACAAUUGCCCAAACAUCAGUAGUGAUAAAUGUGGUAUGCUGGCUUUAUGAUAAUUUGUAAGUCACAUUACAUUGUAGGUAGCAUUACAAAAAAUAUUUAUUAAAAACAUAUUUCUUCAUUUCAGUAGUUUUUAAAAAGUUGUUCUAUGUAAGUAACCAAACUGGUAACAUGUACUUGCUCCUGAAAAAUAAAUAUGUAUUAUUAAAAUGUAUAGGUAAUCUAGUAACUGAGUCAGUUCUAUUCUUUGUAUAUUGAGAAUUAUCUUACAUUAAAGUAUGAUAAAAUAUAGUCUUGAUUUUAACUCAUAAACCACUAUCAUUACAUAGAGCACUCUGGAAAAUAUCUAAUGCUAUAUUUUAUAAUGAAAUUAAUUUGAUUUUGAGGAUAAAUUGGAAAAAUAAAUGUUAUACCUUCAGUGUUGUAUCUCUGCUCCUCAAGUAAAGAAUCCCAUCUUUCAGAGUAUUUUCAUUUAAAACAGCAGUGUAAGGCACACCAAGUUGAUCAUACUGUUUAUACUGAGCUUCAAGAGAGUGUUUUGAUGUACUUGGUAAAAGUAAGGUAGAAAUGUGGUUGCUACGCAAUUGCCUGGAUAGAUAAAGGGCUAGGUCACUCAGCUCUGAUAUUGACACUGCAUCUGGAAAAAAACAUAUUUGCUACAUACAUACAUUGUCUUAUCUGAUUUUACUCCGUGAAGAAUGCCACAGAGUUUUGCUUCCACAAAAUUAAAUGAUGAAUAAUAUCUUUACUAAUAUGGGAGACCAUCAGGUGAUAGUAUUGAUCAUGUCAGGAAUUACAGUGAAAUAGUAAUAAUUACCUAUAGAAUAUCACAGUCUUAAUACAUAAUGAAUUGAAAGCAACAGACAUAAACAACAAAUUAAAAUCAUAGCAGUUGUAGAAUACUCAAAAUCACAAAAUUAAUACAAAUUAAAAAUCAGAAACAUAAAAAACAAAUUAAAGGCAAAGACAUAACAUAUUUUUUAAAGCCACAAAUGAGAAUUAUCAGCAUGAAGACCAUAGGAUCAUUUUAAGAUGUUACAGUUCAGAAAAAACUUACUAACAUGAAGUGUUCUACUAUUGAUACCCUGGUGUUGAAAAGAAAAAUACCUACUUGUGCCAGAUACAGCAAAACUGAUCCUGUAAGGUGCUACUUUUCUAUGAAAUCGCAGUAUUGUUCUUGGUUUUCCUUGAAACAAUGGUUCUUCAUAUCCAUCACAUAGGAAAUUCAAGAACAUUGUGGAUAGAUUGAUAGUGCUUGUCACAGUGUGUGGCCUGACAGCUUUCCUUCCCUCUUUGAACUGAAACAUUGAAUUUAUUUGCUAAUCAGUAAAGCUCACACAUAUUGGUUAUGUUCAGUAGCACUUAGCAGACAAUAAAUAACAAAUAAAGAAGUCAUAUGUCAUGCAGCAUUAGUUUAUAGCAUCUAAGUGCAACCAAAUGUAACUAGUAUACUUAAAAUUUAAGAAUUUGUGUUUGAUAACACUUAACAUUGAUCCCAUAUAAAAUGGUUACUAAAAGUCACUAUGUGAGAAAAAAUCUGAUAUUAAUGAAAGGUAUGUGAAAAAAAUUACCUGCACCUGACUGUUCUCUAAACCUAAAUCAUUUAAAUCAGAAUUAAGAACCAAUUUUUCAAUUUCUUGGUAUCCCCAUGGAUACUUUGCAUUUAUUUCUACAGUUUGUGAACCAUUUUCACAGGUUUUAUUGUCUGUUAACAAAUAUCUACCUGGCGAUGCUGAAAUCUGAAGAAAAUUUAUAUGUGUAGAAACAAGGCUAUGAAAAUUGUUAUGGUUUCAUUUUUUAUAUGUAG